AUGGGGAACACCAACACCAAAGAGUCGCGUUCAGGCGAUGCCGGCGGUUCCUCCAGCCAUCGCCAUCACAGAACCUCUCUCGCUCCCGCCUUCGACCCCUCCGCCACAUCCAAUGACCGCCCAUCCUCAAGUCACAGGACAAGAAACAGGGCAAGCCGCAAUGAUCUCGGUACUCUGCUGGGCAUCGGCGCCACGUCCUCCUCAAGCUCCCGUCCCGACCCCUCAUACGAGCGCCGCGAGACCAAGCAGGAACGAGAGGCACGCCGUCUCGAGAGAGAAAGGAUACAGCGUGUCAAGGAACGCGAGAGGAGCAUUAGGGAAGAGCAUGUUGACGGCGGAUACUUGGUGACAAUGGGUGUUUAUGUUGGCGCCGAAGACUACAGCAAACAGGUCGUCCGCCAGCUACAGAUCGAGAGGAAACUCGCACCCUUCUGGAGAGGGCUCAAUGAUUUUGACGACCAGUGGGCUGAACACCAAAUCAUUGCUGCUGCCCGAGGCCUCCCUAUCCCUCCCGCCGGCCAGACGCCGCCAGACGAAUUGAUCCCUCGACCGCUGUCCUCAUCCGCAUCUCCAUCCACCUCUACCCAGAAUUUGAACAACCUCACAGUCCCCAUUGGCCCGAGGACCCAGUCCGCGGCAUCCGACCGAAGCGCUUCCAAUGUGGGCUCCGCACUGCCGUCACCAACCGGACCGGGCAUUAAGUCAUCCGCCUCUCCGUUCAAGCCUCGUACCAAAGCACUCGCUGCAGCCCUGAGCCUUGGAUCACGGAAUGGUUCCAGUGCAGAGCUUGCUCCACGAGAAAUAAACCUGCCUAACGACCCCUUCGUCAAUGGGCAGCCGCUUGAAGUGUUCCUCUACAAGGAGGGCAGCGAAUGCCCCAUCUGCUUCCUCUACUACCCUCCGUAUCUCAAUCACACUCGAUGCUGCGACCAGGCUAUUUGCAGCGAAUGCUUUGUACAAAUAAAGCGGCCCGACCCACACUUUCCAGAAGGUCAUGGUGAUGGUGAGCAGGCGGAACCAAGUCCAAACCCAGAGGAGCAGAGCGGCCUCUUGAUCUCUGAGCCUGCGCAAUGCCCAUAUUGCCAGCAAACCGAGUUCGGUGUCACCUACGACCCGCCGCCCUUCCGUCGAGGACUUACUUACGCCAUAUCGCCGUCAGGUCUCGGCACCAUGAGCACAGCAAUGAGCUCCAGUAGCUCCCUGAACUCGGGCUUGUCGCCGACCCCAAUGAUCUCGCCGCCUCCAUCUGGUGCUGGCGGGGCGAGACGACGUACGCAGUCGCUGUCCGCCAAUGCACCCAAUGUCAUCACAACUGAUCGUGUGCGACCUGACUGGGCAGCUAAGCUCGCUGCGCAACGCAACCAUCAAGCUCGGCGCGCCGCCGCAGCAACGGCAUUGCACACUGCUGCCUUCCUAAUGGGUGAUUCCGGAUCAAGGCCUUUUAGCAGGAUGAGCCGCUUCAGUCGGAGGAACACCAACAACGAGUCGAACAAUGCGACCGACAACAAUGCUGGGGCAGCAGCAAGUGCGAGUACUCCCUCAGGUCCAGAGCCUGGUCCAAGAAACAGCUCCGGUCGAGGAUUACUGGCGGGGCCCACGAACGACCGGCGCCAAAGCCAUAUGGAGAACCUCGAGAACAUGAUGCUUGCCGAAGCGAUCAGACUAUCGCUGGCGGCCGAGGAAGAUCGAAAGCGCAAGGCUGAAAAGGAGGAAAAGAAAGAUGCAAAGCGGAGAGAAAAGGAAGAGCGCAAGGCUGCUAAGGCAGCUGCUAAGGGGCAUCCGUACUCGGGCAGUGGCCAGAGCUCUACUAAUGGAACCAAUGCGAUAGCAUCAACAGGAAGUUCAAGUGGCGCGACCAACGUCGCGUCAGUCGCAGAGGCCGGGGACAAGGGGAAAGGUGUUGACCGUGGUCCAGCACAGACAUCCCCUGAGACUGAGAUCGGAAAGGCCAAUGUGGAUGCUCUUCAUCCCGACAAGGCACCGACGUCAACGCCAGCUCCGCCACCUACAUCUGCACCGCGUCCCGUCCCCUCGCCGCAUCAGCACGCUGGACCUUCUCAUCUUCGCCAGAUGAGCAAUGCAUCCUCCGGCUCAUCACAACCCGACUCUCAGCCAGGAAGCUAUCAGAACCAGCCCUACCUUCAGGAGGACCCUCAUGCAAGCGGUGUAUCUCUGGCUGGCAAAAGCGAUGUGAGCGAUGAAGGCGGCGCAGGACGGUCUGGAGAGCACGAACACGACGACACUGCCAGCACGGAGCCCAUGUUUAACUACCGAAGUUUGGCGCAGAUGGUUGGUGUCGAGAUGGACGGGAUCAACGCAGGCCGUCGUUUGAGCCAAAUAGGUGAAAGCCACGCCGAAGAUGAUGCUAGUGCCGCCGUGCCGGCUGAGGUUCACAGUGACGUUAAGCGUGACUCGAUUCAUGAGGCCAGCGCGGAGCACGCGGAAGAUGUAUCACCAGCGCGCAACACAGAGGAUGACGAGAACGAUAAGAUGUCCAAGAGCGUUGCGACGCUGACGCAAGACAUGAUGAAUGCGGGGCACAACGGUGCCCAGGACGCGGACGACGCGGAGGCGGCGCAGUCAAGCGGGCCCGUGAAUACGCCGCAUCUGAUGGUCACGCCUGAGACGCCCCUGCCCGACGAUGACGAAGGGGCAGAGUCGAAGCAGCUCGGGUUCCAAGGCACGAGGACGGUGGAGAUACCGGGGGAGAUGACUCAUUGA